AUAACUCGAAAAUUACUACUUGCACGAAAAAUUUUCACAAAACAUUUUUUGCUUAGAAUUGACAAUUUAAUCAAUUUUUGUGGUUAUUUCGAAAAAAAUGUCCACCCCCGGGACGAGCAUAUAUCGGCGUUACAUAACUUUUGUUUCUUAUGCGAUCCUCCACUCCCAUCCCAAGUUUCAUUUAAAUCGGUCUUGACUGAAAGAAUUCAGAGAUUAAAAACUUCAAUGAUUGGACUAUUAAGAGAGAUGGCUGCAACAUUUUGUUUCAACAAGCAUAGCCAUGUGGGAUAUCAAAUGAAAGAUCUCGAUUAGUACUUUUCGAAGUAGAUAUUAAUUUUGACAUUGUUUGCAAAAGGAAAGAGUACGAGGGCCCGAAAGGGUCAAUUAGUUCAAGGACCCUUUCUCAGAAACUACUCAACCGCAAAAUCUAAUAAAAAGAUGGUGGCCCAUGCACAUGGUAUUUAUGCUUCAACCACUGCGUAAUUAUAUCCUCUCAAAUAAGUCAAUAACAGCAUAUUAUUACAUUUUGAAAAUUUACUGCGAACCCCCUUAACUUCAUCCUAGGCCCGUAAAAUUAUGCAGUAAUGUGGGUUCUAAUAUCGAAUAUCAUAUUUGGCGGAGAUCCUACUAUUAUUAACAAAGAUAUAUGUAGUAGAUCAAAAUUGUCUCUUUCGCGUAAAAUUACUAAUUCCUAAGAGACAAAAUGUCAGUAUCACAUCGAACUAAAUAUCUGGUAUAUUCAACCUAUAUACAGUACGAGCUAUGCAUAAGUGGGACUACUGUGUACCCUAAUAUUCUGACAUAAAAAAUCAACAAAGCUUGUCAUACCUGAAGCGCCAAGCUUCCGGUUUCCAACUUGUUAACACAACAAAACUUUUACAAGUAUGUAAACAUCUUAAUAAAAAACUGAAUUUAAUUCAGCAAGUAACACACAACCACGGGUAGAUACAAUGCAGCUACCGCAUUCAUCCUUUCCUUUCAAAGUAAUGAAAUACGAGCUUGAGCAUGAGCGAUAUACAAGGAAAAUAGAAUCAGUUGUGUUUGACAAGCUGCACGGACUUACUAAUGGAUUGGUGAGAUCGGCAUGUAUUUGCCUAUGAAUUAAUGAAUAUUCGCUUUUGUAGCUGCUUUUGAUCGCUAUUGUAUGUAUAGAUUGAAAAAUAUUAUACAUUCACAAGUCCGUACUUUUGAGAGUGGUUACUGCCUAUUGGAUAUACUGGGGACACAGCGCUCUUGAUUCUGGAGCGGUGUUAAGUUCACCGGACCAGCUAGUUAGCAAUAAAGCCAAAAAUAUUUGAAAUAUUUCGGGAUGAAUAGAAAAAACAGAUGUACAUAUUAAAGCGUGUUUUUGGGACAGCUCUCCCCUCUACGUUAACUCCGGCUAACCAAUGAUGAUUUUCUUUCGCCGCCGUACAAUCCAAUAAGUCAGUACAGUUUCUAUUCCGGACACUUUCCACCUCCUCGUCAGACCUGGAUGUAACCUACGGGUAGAAAAUGCGACAAUUUGGAUUAUUCACAUGCCAAAUCGAAUGCAAAACAGCAUGGAAGUCGCUUCGUGAUCAAUUUGUUAGGACUUUGAAAACACUGAAAGGAAAAAUUGAUCAAGACUACCCAGCACCGUAUAAAUAUUUCAAGAAAUUGUUGUUCCUUCAGGACGUAAUUCAGCCAAAAAGCAGAAGAAGAAGACUACCUUUGCGACACGAAACUUCAGAUAAAUUGUUUUCCGUAGAUUUAAUUGAGAACGUUGGGUUAAAUAUUAAUGAAGAUAACACUUCUGAUUUAAUUGACCCAUUAACGCUGCAGAAUAAGCCAUUGAAAAGGGCUCGACAUGAAAGCACAUCUUCGAGUGGCAGCAAAUCAACAGCACCAGUGUUAAAUCAUCCGAAAAAAGAAAAAAGAAGCGACGAUAAAGAGUCCUACGAGAAUCUUUUGUCAGAGUUCCUCUCGAAGGUUUCCCCUGAGAAACCCGCAAAAAUAGAUCCACUUGACAGUUUUUUCCUGGGAGUCUCAGGAAUGGUUAAAAAAUUUGAUUUAUCCCCAAAACAACUCAUUCAAUUGCAAUGCAAACUUAUGAAUUGUUUGACGGAAGAAUUGGAAAAAACAGAUAGUGCUUAAGUUUCAUAGUGUUAUAAUUAUAAUCUUAAUAUCUUAUCCUUUAAGUAAAAAUACAAAAUUUGAAGAAAAAUA